GGGGGCGUGUGAAGAUGGCGGCGCUCAUAAUGAGAGUUGGUCCAGGAUCUUUCGCUUCUGCUCGGGUUCACAGACCCGCUCUGUGCUCCGCUGCUGCCGCAAUAAUCAGAUCCGUCAGUGUUUCUGCCACACAGUCAAGCUCAUUACCUGAGAGGGUUAAGAUCGUAGAGGUCGGACCCCGAGAUGGACUUCAGAAUGAGAAGACCGUCGUUCCAACGGAGGUGAAGAUCCGUCUGAUCGAUAUGCUCUCCGAGGCAGGACUCCCUGUCAUUGAGGCCACAAGUUUUGUCUCACCUAAAUGGGUCCCUCAGAUGUCCGAUCAAGAGGAAGUGAUGCGUGGUCUCCACAAGAAAGCUGGCGUGAACUACCCCGUUCUGACCCCUAAUCUGAAGGGAUUCCAGGCUGCUAUGAAGGCUGGUGCAAAAGAGGUGGCAAUAUUUGGUGCUGCAUCAGAGCUCUUCAGUAAGAAGAACAUCAACUGUUCAGUGGAUGAGAGUCUUCUGCGCUUUGAGGAGGUGAUGAGAGCAGCCAAUCAAGAGGGGGUUCCUGUGAGAGGUUAUGUGUCAUGUGUGCUGGGUUGUCCAUAUGAAGGGAAAGUAUCGCCAAACAAAGUGGCAGAGGUUGCAAAGCGACUGUAUUCCAUGGGCUGCUAUGAGAUUUCACUUGGCGAUACUAUCGGAGUGGGCACUCCAGGGGGCAUGACGGAGAUGUUGAAUGCUGUGAAGAAAGAGGUUCCUGUGGAGGCUUUAGCGGUUCACUGUCAUGACACUUAUGGACAAGCACUCGCUAACAUACUUGUAGCAUUACAGAAUGGGGUAAGUGUUGUGGACUCAUCCGUUGCUGGGCUGGGAGGCUGCCCUUAUGCCCAAGGGGCUUCUGGGAAUGUUGCAACUGAAGAUGUGGUCUAUAUGCUGCAUGGACUGGGAAUCCAUACUGGAGUGGAUCUGCCCAAACUGUUGGACGCUGGCUCAUACAUCUGUCAUUCACUCAACAAAAAGACAAAUUCAAAAGUAGCUCAGGCCUCCUGCAAGCUCUGAACUCUUCUUUCUCUUUAUAGAGAUUGUAGUCUCUGGUAUGAUGACAUUACUCUUUUGGAGCUCACACUACAUUACCCUUUCGUACGCAGUGAAAUCUCUUCAUUUCUAACAUUUUUCAAGUAUUUCUAAACACAGCGGAGCUGGACAUUGGGGAUCAGCGCAUCCAUACUCUACUGUGAAUGUGUGACAAGGGUGCUUGUGAGCUCACAUCAACCAAUAUUCACAGCCACAGACCCAAACUGUUCUCUUGUGUCUUGAUUUCUGGCAGGCAAUCUUUAUAUAUUUAUAUUUCUAAUUAAUUAAAUAUUUUACAUAGUGCUGAAGCAAUAAAUGCAAGGGACUUAAUUUGACUUGGCAGAGUAUUAAGAAUCUAGAAUGAAAAUGUUUUUCUGGUUACAUUUACUAGCGUCAUUGUCUUUCAGAAUCAGAUGUCACAAAUAGUUUUAAAUAUGACAUCCUCAUACUUGUGUCUUGUGACUCAUUUUGAAGACAGAAAUAUCUGUCAUUAUCAGACAAAAGCAUUAUGCUGGUAAUCAUAACAAAAAAGACUCACAGAACUUUAGAUAACAGAGUAAUGUACCAUUAGGACUACUGAUUAAUUUUGUUUCUUUCCAGGAAAAAACAUGAAUAAUACAUGCUAUUUCCAUGCUAAGGAAAAUCUCUUACCCUUCAAGUUUGCUGAUGCCUGUAAAUGACCUUAAAUUUAUUGUAGAGGCAUGUCUUUUCAUGUGUGCAACAACUUAUUGUUUGUAUUUGUAUUGUUAACUGACAUUGUUUUUUUGUUUUUUUGCUUCACACUUUAUCUUUAGUGUGUAUGAUGUUUAAUAGAGGAUUAUUAAUUUGAAUGAUUAAAGACAAGAUCAGGAGAAAUGUGAACUUAUGCAUCCUUA